CACACACACACACACACACCCCUUCUGUGCCUCUAGCACAGUGCCUGAUCCAUAGGAGAUGCUUCAUAAACGCUUGCUGACUGACUCAGCAUCUCAGCGAUGUUGAACUGCAUUAGUAGGAACAGGAGUCCCCUCAGCCAGGGGUAUCCCUGCACCAGUGAAAUCACAGGUCCCGUUCCUGCCCAGCAGAUGUAGAGGAAGGUAUUUCCCUUCUCUGACGCUCAGUAUGAUCAUCUGCAAAAUUUAUCUAAGAUUUCUACUUCUCUUUGGGCCUCAGUUUCCCCAUUUGUUAAACAGGAGUAAAAGAUGACCAGCUCUAGAGAAGAUAAGUAUUUACAUAGCUCCUGCAAUGUGCUUUUUUACAAAUAGUAUCUCAUUUAAUCCUCACAACAACCCCGUUGAAGGUGCUAUUAUUGUCCCCAUCUUACAGUUGAGGAAACUGAGGCAAACAAGAGGUUAAGUGAUUCCCACAGCUAGUCCGGGGCUGAGGCCACAUUAGAACUCGGUCUUCCUGAUGCCAGGUCCAGCACUCCCUCACAGAGACCAUAGUUCUGGAGCUACGAUCAGAGGGUUAGGGCUUUUUCUCCUACAUUAAGAGCUGCCAACGGCAAGUUUGGCUUCUGCUUAGCUGCUGGGCUCCCCUGUGAUUUCUCACGGGGGACAGGCUGGCCCCACCCCAGCCCCUUUCCCAGCUUCUCCCCUAGCCUGGGACUGGGAAGGGGGCUGGGCCGGAGCUAACUGGUCCUCAGUCCCUCCAGCCCCCGUUGAACAAACACUCCUAAUUCCCCCGAUGGGGGGAAGCUUUGGUUGGGAUCUGGAUCCAUCUCUUAUCAUAAGAAUCCCCAGCUCCCAGAGGGGGGCGGGGGACAGGCUGCAGCUCUCCCUGUGAAUGUCCCAGCAAAACACAUCCCCAAGGAGAAGGAAAACAUUUCACUGGGCUCUGGGAAAACACUGACAAGCUCUCACAGCCCCUUGGGUGGGGGUGGGGAUGGGGGGAGGGCUUCUCUUCUCAGACAGACUUCAGAGACAAAUGGCUCAGGAAAGGAAGGGGGAGCUGUGUGAAACCGCGUGAGAAAGAACGGAAGGUGAGUGUGCAGAGACGAAGCGUACUGGACUUAGAGGGGAAACUGAGGCCCAGAGCAUCCAGAGGAUCAUAGACCCAGGGUUGGAAGUGACCUCCGAGGUCAGGUUGCCCAGCCCCUUCAUUUUACAGAAGAGGAAAUGGUGGCUCAAAGAGUGACUUGUCUAGGGUCACAUGGGUGCUGAUUGGCAGAGCCUGGGUCUAAAGACGAAAGGGUACAGUGUUAACUAGGUGUGUGGAUCCCGGGCAGGGAGGGAGGAAGAGAGGGGAUUGUGUGCCGGUGGAGGGUUGGAGUGUCUGGGGAGAGGGAGAAGGGUGCUUGAGGGCGAGAGACGGAUAAGAGGCAGUGUGAGCCAGCGAAGAACGGCUGCAUGUGAAGGAGUAGGAGGAAGCUGGCUAUGUGGCAGACGCGAGAAAGGCAGGAAGCUGGCGGGGACGGGGGUGUGCAUGCCAGGGCCCCUGACUGCCUCGGACUGAAAGGGGGGUUCAGGGAAGGAAGUAGCUGCGCCGAAGAGGCCGAAACCCGCCGGGAGAAGGGCUAAGUCUCCGGCUUCGGGGUCGCGCUGAGCCUCCGCCGGGCCGGGCCGCGCAGCCAUGGAGCCCUGGACAGCCGAGCCCCGGGGCCCGGCGCCCGACUACUACUACGAUUACUACAACGGCAGCGGCGGCGCGACGUGCGGCGGCGGCGGCGGCGGCGGCGGCGGCGAGGACGACGAGGCCGAGGACUGGGAGCUGUCCUACUCGCUGCUGCCCGUGCUCUACAUGCUCGUCUUCGUGCUCGGGCUGUCGGGCAACGGCGUGGUGAUCGUCACGGUGUGGCGCGCCCCCGGGGGCGCGGGCGCGGGCGCCGGGGCCAAGCGGCGCGCCUCGGACGCCUACAUCGGCCACCUGGCCCUGGCCGACCUGGCCUUCGUGGUGACGCUGCCGCUGUGGGCCGCGUACACGGCGCUGCGCUUCCACUGGCCCUUCGGCGCCGCGCUGUGCAAGCUCAGCAGCUACUUGGUGCUGCUCAACAUGUUCGCCAGCGCCUUCUGCCUGACGGGCCUGAGCUUCGAGCGCUACCUGGCCGUGGGCCGCUCGCUGGGCCGCCGCGGCGGCCCGGCCCCGCCGCGCGCCCGCCGCGGGGCCGCCGCGGCGCUGGCCGCGCUCUGGCUGCUGGCCGCGCUGCUGGCGCUGCCCGCGCUGCUGCUGCGGGACACCCGCGCGCGGCCGCCCGCCAACCUCACGGUGUGCGACAUGGACUUCAGCGGCGUGGCGGCCGCGCCCGAGCACGAGGCCUACUGGCUGGGCGGCCUGAGCCUGGCCACCACGCUGCUGGGCUUCGCGCUGCCCGCGGGGCUCAUGGGCGUCUUCUACUGCUGCAUCGGCUGCGCCGUGAGCCGCCACUUCGGCGCCGGGGGCCGCGGGCCGGGGGCGGCGGGCCGGGCCCCGCGGCGGCGCCUGCUGCGCCUGCUGGCCGCUCUCGUGGCCGUGUUCGCGCUCUGCUGGCUGCCCUUCCACGUCCUCAAGAGCCUCUACGUGCUCAGCUGGCUGGGCUUCCUGGCGCUGCCGUGCGCCGCGCAGGCACUCAUCGUGCGCCUGCACCCCUACGCCACCUGCCUGGCUUACGUGAACAGCUGCCUCAACCCUCUCUACGCCUUCCUGGACCGGCGCUUCCGCGCGCAGUGCCGCCGGCGCCUGCUGCCGGGGCCCCGCUGCCUUCUGCGGCCGCUGCUGCCCGGCCGUCCGGGGCGCCGCGCCCGCCCGGCCGCGUCCGGGCCCCAGCUCGGGGAGCCCGCGGCUCCCGUCUCGUCCAGCGCCAGCGCCAGCGGGGCCAGCGGCCCCACGCAGCGCUCCGAGCUGGCCUCGCUGGCCACCAAGGUGUGACAGGAUGGGCGGCGGUCGGACAGAGACUUCUCACCCGGCAGGCACCUGGGGAUCUGGGCAGAGGGAGGG